GUAAUGGUCGACUACUUCCGGUGUGCCCCGUUUGUAAACGUCCGAGGUGAAAUCCCCGGGAGUUAAUUAGAAAAUUAUUUGGGAUUUCGAGGUCGGUUAAUAUAAAUGUAACUCGACGUCACAAUUUGUUUUUAAAGCAUGUCUUACACGGAGUGGGCCGAGUCUCAACUCGCUGAGAUAGAGCUGCUAACCAGCAUGUUUCCCGGUCAGGACGAGCUGGAGCUCACCGACCAGCUGGCUCUGGCUGAACUCAGGAGCUACGUGGAAAACUCGGCUUCUGGGGAAAAGCCUCCUCCCUCCAGACCCCAGUUUUUCAUCAAGCAGAGACUGGACUCUUCAGAUACGAAUGAGACGAAAUUAAUUCUGACCUGUGCCUAUCCGUCUGAAUACCCCAGUGUGUUACCUGAUAUAACAGUAAGGUGUUCAGCUCUUAGCAGGGCCCAGCAGACAGAAAUCCAGACAGAUCUCAAUAAAUACCUUAUGAAAAAUUGCCUGGGAGACUUAUGUGUGCUUGCUGCAGUGGACUGGGUGAAAGAAAACCUGGAACAUUUCAUUAAGAAGAGCUUAUCAACAGCACCAGCUCCUAAGCUGGAGUCUGCUUCUCAAACUACACAAGACGUUUUCAGUCGACUGUGGAUCUACAGUCACCAUAUCUACAACAAGUCAAAGAGGAAGAACAUUUUGGAGUGGUCAAAAGAGUUGGGCCUCUCAGGAUUCAGCAUGCCUGGAAAGCCUGGCGUUUUGUGUGUUGAAGGUCCUCAAUCUGCCUGUGAGGAAUUUUGGUCCAGAGUGAAGGUUCUGACAUGGAAGAAGAUCAUGAUUCGACACAGAGAGGAUAUUACCCUUAAUCGCCAAGGCGACGACAGCAACACUGUUGAGAGUUUAGACUCCCUGCGCAAAUUCACAGGCUUUGAAGAGGCAAUGUUUGACCCUCAUGGGAAUAGAGGCAAUCACAUGGACCUUGGACAGCUCUACCAGUUCUUAAAUGAGAAGGGCUGCUGUGAUGUCUUUCAGAUUUAUUUUGGCAUUGAAGGCAGGUAGUAGUCAAAGUCUGUGCACAGGUUGUGAUUAAAGUAAAAUAAAUUAACUUUUUUUUUUGUUUGAUUAAAGCAGCUCCAAUGAUAAUAAUACAGAAAUAAUUACUCUGAAAUUUUAGAGAUUAUUUCCUUAUUUUGGCAAAACUAAAGAAAACGGAUGAAAAUAAAAGUGAUGGAUCAUUGGCAGAUCCCCAGUAUGUUCCUAAUAUUAAUUUCUAUUGUUUUUCAGUUUUAGUUUCAUGCAUGAUUUCCAUUUUUAAACAAAUUGCUCUUACAGCAAAAUCUCCUUGUACUUCUGUUUGAAAUGUUUUUAUAGAUAUUUGCUGAACAAUUUACGAAAUUCAGUUUACAACAUUAAUGUGUUUAAACUUCUAAAAGAUCACUUUUAGCACAAUUGUUUCAAAGUAUAUGCACCAUUAUAAAGAUUUUACCUGCUCACUAAAAGUGUAUUUUAGCACUUCUUUUUCAGACUGACUACUAAAUACCAGAUGACUUUAGAAAGUCCCGUUAAAUAAAGUUUUCACAAUUAUUAACAUUUUUACAUGAAUGCUAAGUUUUAAUUUGCAAACUAAAAGUGUCCAGCAGAUGGCACUAAUAGAUAAUGGAAAUGCAAACAUUGCAUUCUGAGAACUUGGAUUAUAUGAAAUCGAUCACUUGUAACAGUAGCCAUGUGGUUAUUAAACGUUCAUUUUGUAUAAUAUGUUAAUCCAAAUCAACGUUAUAUAUUUCAUUUAUGGUUAACAAUCCAGUUAUUUAAUCUGAAAUAUUUGGGCUGGUUAACCAUUUUCAGGCAGAUAUCUAAAGGAAGUAAUUUAUACUUGAAUAUUGAAUUUGAUGAUUACCACUUGACUCAAUGUAUUUUGUUGGGGCAAACUGUCUGGUCUUGUUGUCUGUGCAUUCUUGGCAUCGAGGCAAAUUUUGUUCUGGUGUGAUUUUGUCUGCUAGGGUUGCCCCGUGUUGUCAAAUCUGUUUGUGGUUUUUCAUCGACUAGAUCUCAAGGCAUCGUCAUGAACAAGAUGUUUGUUUGGGAAACAUCAGGGUCUCAUCUUUGCUUUUUGCAGAUGAAGUGGUUGUAUUUUGACCUUCAGUUUGAGGUGAAAAGGUUCACAGCAUAUGAGAAACAGGUGAGAUGAAAUCCAACUCCUCUGAGUCUGAGGCCAUGGUUCUAAACAGGAAGAAGGUGGGGUGAUUCCUUGUGGUUUAAGUAUUCUGGUGUAGUGUUCUUCAAUUUGUUUUGGUCACACCUAAGUAAUUAAGAUCAUCCAACAAAUUGUAAAAUCAGACAAAGAUCACACAAGCAUAUCUAAAAUGCUGUUUUUAAAUGAUUAUUUUCAUUUAAUUUUAAAAAUAUUAUCCAAACACUUUAUUUGAACCUGAAUGACAAGAUGAAGUAGGAUAAAAUAUUUAUAAGAAAAAGACACAACUCUAAAUAUUAAUAUGAUAUUAAACUUCAUUUUUCACAGUAGGCUUUCUUGGUGAUUGUGAAGACUUGGUAGUAUUGCACAGUAAGUAAAACUGCUCAUUUGAAUUCAAACUAUCUCUGCAUUUAUUUAUCGAGUUUUCUUCUACGAGGUACCAAACCCAUCACCACCCAUUUCAUGUUCUUUGCUUUCCUCACUCAAUUUUAGAUAACAGUUUUCACUAAAUAACCAUUACCCUCCAAACACUGGGCAUCUAUGGACAUCUUUUUGUGGCUUAUUAAGAUUGGCCAGUCCUCUUCUUUAUUUGGUCCAGAAAAUACAGGAAAACCUGCACGUUUAUAGCCUAAAGCUUCCAUCCAAACUUUUCCUAAACAAAGACUCGGAAAAUCAAGCUUGGUCAAGCAGACCAAUUGACAUUUAGACCUCUAUAGGUUCAUUUAAGGAUAUCUCACAUUUCUUUUUAAACAAAACAUUUAAAACAUGAAAGGUAUUGACUAUCCUGUACAUUUAACAGUUGUACACUUAAAUUUGAGAUAAACACAUUUUUAGUGUUUAAAUUAGUGAAUACCUUCUGUGGCGUUUUAUUGUAGAGGUCAUGUGGAGUUAUGUCCUUUGCUCACAGAAGCAUUUAAAAAAAAAAAAAUUAUUUAGAGAAAGCAUUUACAUGUUCAGGUAAUUAGAUUUUUUCAAAAUUCAGCAAUUGCCAUAGGAAUGUAACUGUGCUAUUCUACUGUGAGUCAAAAGUUUCAGUUACCUUUCUUUAACAAGCUAUGUGAUCACAAUACUGCUCCACAUAUGGCAGGAUAUUGGAGUGGGAUGAUUAUCCUUCUUACCUAGACAAUGUGAAUUUAAGCUCCAUGUCAAUGAGAUGGUUCAGUAGAUCAAGGCUCUGCGGUUGUGGGAAUUUAUGGGGCAUUUCAGUUUUCAUGGGCCUCUGUGACUUCAGCAUCAUUAUCACAAAACGGCAGCGAGACGGUGGUGCAGGAGGUGAAGGUUAGGGCAACAGUGCCGUUUAUUUCCCCCCACCUAUUCGCUUCACUGUAUUUCAUUGUUCAGUGACAUGGUAAUAUUUUUAUGUGAAAUAAGAGCUUGAUUGUGACUAGCAAGCAUAAAUUGAAUGUUAGGUAUGUUUGAAGGUUCACUUAUUAGAAAUCAAGAAUUUAAAUAUAAAGCACCAGUUGAGGUUGAUACCAUCCAACAAUAUUUGUGAAAUGGUUAAUGAAUAUUUCAGGAUUUACAAAGCUAUAUGUUCAAAUAUAAGGUUUCAGACAGGUAAAAUGUUGGUUGCAGUAGGUUCUUUUUGUGUCUUCACUUUGUGUAAAGCCAGAUUUGUUGGACAUGGGGGCUUAAGCAUAUAGCAUCCAAAAGAGUUCAGACAAAACUGGGUUUCUGCUACCCUAAAACCACUCAAAAGUAAAAGAAAUGUCAUGGGGGAUUAUGUGAAAGCUAUUUCUAAAAUCUUUUAGCUGUCAUGUUUGCAUUGGGCAGUUAUAUAAAAAAGAUUUAUGUUGGAGGUGGUUCAACACCAAAGAUCUUCCAGUAUGAGAGAGAACAGUGCAUGUAAAGCAUCUUCAGUCUGGGUAUAAUCUGUUUUUGCAAAAUAAAUAAAAAAAAUCUUGUUCCCUUAAUCCAUUACGACUUUUGUUUUCUACAUGAUUUUACUUUUCUAUGAGAUGGCUACCCUCCAAAAAAAUGCUUCACAUGUUUUGUUCUCGGGGUGGUUCACACAGGAAGAUCGUUAGUAGUGCAACACCUCUUAUAUCCAUUUCCGAGCAUAUAAUCAACAACUUCUGUGUCGAUAUUCUCUCAAUUUAAACAUAGGGGUUCAUAAAAUAGCAGUCUUAUUAAAUGCAAUAAUAAUUUUGAGAUUAAAGUUCUAUAUCUUUGAAGUAGCA